AUGUCCCAAUCAAAAGCCACCAAACUUCCCCCCAUAACCAUGGAACUGUCUUUCUCAGUCCAGAGCAUAGUGGCACUUUACGGCUCUACUUUUGCAGAAGGUUUCGGAAAUUCCGAGCAACAGGCUGCAGCCCAUAUUGCCAUGCAAGACCAUCUUGAUGGAGGGAUAUUGAUUGUCAUUCACUGCCCAGGUUUCAAAGCCAACACCACACCCUCUCCAGAAGAGGUGGCACUCAACUUGUAUGUCACUCCCUGUGAGCUGCAGGAGAGCCCCACACAAAUCGGUGGAGAUGUUGCCACCUUGGUUCAAGCUUUUUGUGAGGAAUUUGUUGUUCCACACAUGGAACACUUCAUGAAGCAUUGUCAAAUCAAAGGUAUCGAGGCACCACAUCAUUCAAGCUGCCACACCUUCCAGCACCUUGUGAUCCUGCUGGGGCAUGUAUCCAGUGUUCAGGAUAUCCUAAAGAGUCUUUUGAACGGGAUCUCGCAUCUGGAUUGA